AUGGCCGAGGAGUUCAGAAUGGGCGCUAUCGGUGCCCUACCGACAUUAACGAAGUCCUGCCGUUGUAGUUCCGUUGCUCGCUCCGGCAGCGCAACGAAUAUUAUCCGGACCUACAACAUACGAACCACUUGGGACGGGCAACCAGUUAACCACGACCCCAUCAAGAUCACCGUGGGGCCAGUUGAAUAUACCGGUCACGUGAUGUUGUCAGCUUCCGGUCCCUUUUUCAACGACACAUGGAGGCCCCCAAAUUCUGUAGUCGGUGAACCAUAUGAUAGGCUUUGGGAUUUUGAAGUGGUGGAGGUGUUCUUUCUGAAUGACGAAAACAACUAUUUUCAAGUGAUACUCUCACCACACGGUAUGCACCUGGUAUUGCUCUAUAAAGGAAAGUACGACUUGUUAAAGGAUAAGCUGCCUAUGAGUUACUACGCAGCAAUCACAGGUCCCACGUGGCACGGCGUGGCUCAUAUUCCCGUCGAAUAUUUGCCGCCAAAAGUUUCCAAAUUUAACUCUCACGCUUCGCACGGUUCGACCCUCGAACGGAAGCACGAAGCCUUGUAUCCAGCUACGGCCGGGUCAAGCCGGGAUACCCACAACCUGGACUUAUUCCAGACGAUUGACUUCAAAGAAAUAGUCCCCGAGAACUGGAGCCAAAACUACACAUCAUCAGAGUGGGAUCCGAUCAUACAGUUGGGAUAA